AUGAAGUUUGAUGACAUAGUGAAAGAAGUUGGAGGGUUUGGCCGGUACCAAAAAUUACUCAUUUUGUUGGUGAUGUUUCCGCAGAUUCUUAUAUCUAUCCAGGCAAUGCUGCCGGUAUUUAUCCUGUCAAAACAUGACCACCGAUGUCAGGCAAAGGUGAACGACGGCGUACAGCAACACGUCAACAUUACAAGCUACAUGGAGGCCAAAUAUGUACAUGACGUCACACCUUAUGUAACACUGAAUACGUCACAGUGCUCAAUGGAGGUGUUCUACAAUCGUACAAACAUCACGGAGAAAGAAGUCUGUACGUCCUGGUCAUUCGACACGAGUGAGCUGACCAGUUCCCCUAUAUCUGAUUUUGGUCUAGUGUGCGACGAUGCUGUUUUAACUCAGCAUGCCAGCAUGGUGUUUAUGGGAGCUUUUGAAACUGUUGACGCAGAUCACAGGUCUCACGCAACUGUUGCAGUCAAGCUAGCAUGGUGUUUAGGGGAAGUGAUUUUAAGUGGCGUCGCCUACUUCCUGCGGGACUGGCGACAACUCGAGCUAGUAGUAUCCAGUCCGGGAGUCAUCCUUCUUUUUUACUGGCUCUUCAUGCCGGAAUCAGCAAGAUGGCUGCUUUCAAAAGGAAAGGGCGAAGAGGCAAUGAAAAUAGUACGCCGCGCUGCUCGGGUGAACAGGAAACGGACUGAAAUAGACAUGACAAAAGUGAAACUUGAAGAUCACAAAAGCAGGAGUGAGAUAAUGCCUGUGUUUAAAUCAUACAGACUAUUGUUAAGAUUCAUUGUGAUUCUAAUUCUCUGGUUUAUUUUGACUUUGUCCUAUUAUGGUUUGACGUUUAGUCUUGGCCGGAUAGGCCACAAUGUCUACUUGAACUUUCUCAUCUACGCCGUGUUGGAAAUGGUCGCGUACGUCUCCUCUCUGUUCAUCAACACAAGGUUUGGACGCAAGCCGCUCAACAUUGGCGGCUUCUUAUUCGCCGGUACAGCUUGUGUGUCCUCUACCCUGAUAUCAAUGUAUGCAGACGAAGACAACGGUUGGCUGAUCAUUGGUCUGUCAGCGAUUGGAAGGAUGGGUAUUUCUGCGGUGCUGGCUAAUAUCUUCGUAUACACCAGUGAACUAUUUCCGACGACAAUUCGAAGCUUUAUACUUGCCGUUUCUGAUGUAGCAACUCGAAUAGGAGCUAUCAUUGCUCCAUACAUUUCUGCCUUGGGGACUAACAGCGAGGUUAGUAGCACAUCCCUUACGUUCGGUGUAUUGUCUUUGGUCGCGGGAGUCCUGUCCUGUUUCCUCCCAGAGACCCUCAACACUAAACUUCCAGACAGCAUGAGUGACAUGGGGGAUCAGUUCGCAACCCUCCAAAAUAAACCAACUCGCCAAAAUGUCGUUGCUCCAGACACAAUAGUCACAUAUCUGUAGAAUAAAGUUGUAAAUGGCUUACAGAACAGCGGAGAUGUGGUCGCGAUCGUGUACACCAUGAAGGUUUGCACGUGAUAGAAAAUAAUAUUGAAGUUAUACAUAUUGUAUCGUACAUGCAGUUCUAAUAUCAUAUUGAUAGAAGUAAGACGUCGUUAAACUAAGUUUGAAUAUUUCAAACGUUAAGAUUAACCUGGAGGUAAGCUACAGCCUAAA